CCCAUAUUGCACCAUUGACAUAGUUCCGUCAGUUGCCGUCACACUCUUACAAUUCUGGCUCGCACAGCCCUCGAAUUUCCCAAAAUUGUCUCAUUUCCUGAUCUGAUCUGACACCUGCAACUGUUAAGCAGAGUAAUUUUUCAGAAUUCAACUCUGCACAAUUCCAUUACAGUGUUCCUUCCAUAGACUGUCAAAUUAUAUCAGGCGUACCACAACUGCUUUGGUAUAAAAGAAUUGUAUUUUGACAAUUGUCCACCUUUCAAUUUUUGGUAUAGUAUAAUUGAAAUUGAAAUUUGUUAAUUGUAAUUCACAAUCAAUCUUGAUUAUACUUGAAUCUCUGAUAUCCAUCACUUAGCUACUUGCCUAACGACAUUCCUGUUAUACAUCACAAUGUCAUACCGUGGCCCUAAUCAGUUCAACAACCAGUUCCGGAAUGGAGGUGUGCCUCCCCCAACCAACAUUGGCCCCGUGUCGCAGUCCAGAUCUGCCUGGGACAGCUUUGAGCACAUAUCCAAACAAGUUGAAGACUUGAUUGAUACUUAUUGCAAGCCGCUAAAGCCGUAUGUGCCUGGAAUUGGUAGGGCUUUCAUCGUAGCCACUUUCUUUGAAGACUCGUUGAGAAUCAUUUCCCAGUGGUCUGAACAGAUCUACUACUUGCACAACUACAGAAAGAUCUGGAAGUGGCUAACCUUGACAUUUUUGGUGAUCAACAUCUUCACGAUGAUCACAGCCUCCACCUUCUUGGUGUUGAGAAAGAAAGCCAUGUACGCUACACUGGCAUUGGUCGCUGUGGUAUUGCUCCAAGGUCUCGCCUACGGCUUGAUCUUCGACACACAGUUCAUCUUGAGAAACUUGUCUGUUGUCGGAGGUUUAAUUCUCGCCUUUUCCGACUCGAUUGUCAGAGAUAAGAGACUGUUGAACAUGCCUGGAUUGCCUAUGAUCAACAACCAGGACAACAAGAAGUACUUCUUAUUAGCUGGAAGAUUGUUGUUGUUGUUCUUGUUUUUGGGAUUUGUCUUUUCUUCAACUUGGUCACUCGGUAGACUUGCUGUCAUUUUGAUUGGCUUCAUUUCCUGUGGCUCCAUCAUUGUAGGCUUCAAAACCAAGUUUGCUGCUUUCGUCUUGUUUGUAUUCUUGUUCACAUACAACAUCUUUGCUAACCAGUUCUGGUUAUACGGAAGACAUGAUGCUAGCCGUGAUUUCCUCAAGUACGAGUUCUUCCAGACCUUGUCCAUUGUAGGUGGUUUGUUGAUUAUUGUCAACGCUGGAGCUGGUGAAUUCUCUAUUGACGAGAAGAAGAAGAUCUACUGAUCUACUAGAUAUAUUACAAGAAGAAUCAGAUCUAGAAUAUCUUGGGAAUCUAGUACGUAAAUGGGCUCGCCUCAGGCUCUACUACUGUUGCAAAACGUUGUACCAAAAUAGUAACAUUAAGGCAUACAUAGACAAUACACAGUAUUGGAACUAGAU